AUAGAAAAACUAUUUAGUAGCUAUCUUUGGAAGUUUAUUCUAGUUUAUAUUAAUAAUAUAAUUAUUUUCUUAAAAAAUAUUAAAACCUAUAUUAAUUAUCUUUUCUCUAUUCUCAGAAUCCUAUUAUACUCCGGAAUUACCCUGAACCUAUUAAAGUACUAUUUUAUAUAA